AUGAGUUAUAUUUUGUCGUGGAAUUGCAGAGGUUUGGGGAGUACCGAUGCAAUUAAUGCGUUGAAACGCAUUGUUUUUCUUGAAAUCCCCCACAUGGUGUUCCUUAUGGAAACUAAGUUGAAAGCAUUCGAAAUGGAAAAAAUAAAAUAUAAAAUAAAAUUCAGCUCUUGCUUUAUUGUGGAUUGCGAAGGGGAAGGUAGGAGAAGAAGAGGUGGUUUGGCGCUUUUAUGGAAUAACAGUAUUGAUGUCAAUAUUCGGUCUUUCUCUUUGAAUCAUAUUGAUGCAAGGGUAAGAUCAAUCACCCAAGAUGAGUGGCGAUUUUCUGGCAUAUAUGGCCACCCAGAUGAAGAAAAUAAAUAUAAAAUCGGGCAGCUCCUAAUUUCUUUAAAGGGGGGAACCGAUACUCCUUGGCUAUGUGGUGGAGACUUGAUUUUAAUGCUUCACUCGGGUGAAAAGCAAGGCGGAAGGGUGUUUGAUAUGGAGGAAGCGGAAAUCUUGCGUGAUGUUGUUGGUGUUUGCGAGCUGGAGGACCUCGGUUUUAUAGGUCAUGACUUUACUUGGUCGAAUAAUAGAGGUGGGGAAGAGAGCAUUCAAGAGAGGCUUGAUAGAUUUCUUGCAAACCGAACUUGGAGAGAUGCUUUUCAGGGUUCUUUCGUUACUCACCUCACAAAGAGAAAAUCUGAUCACCUUCCUAUUCUCCUUUGUGUCCAAGAUGUCGUCUCAAAGCAAAAGAAGAAAAAGAAGAAAAAAUUGUAUCGGUUUGAGGACACUACUAGAAAACAGGCAAAUAGCGACGGAAUAGUUCCGACGGACCCAAAAUUCCGUCGUAAAAGUCAAAAUUUCCGACGGAUUUUUCCGUCGUACAGUACCAUUUCCGACGGAAUUUAA